UUUUUUCUGGCAACACAUCAUCGUUAGUCUCCGAGUCUUCGACCUUAUUUUUGUACAUAGAAAAUACAUAAAUUCUUAAAUUUAUGAUAUAGCUUAUUGGAAAUUGGUGGUUUAGAUCUGUUAUUUCUUUUUUCUCUUAGCUGAAUUUGUUAAACUGACAUAGAAACAAUAAUUCUAUUACUAGCAAGAUGGCAUAAUCAUGGCAAUGAUUAAGGUUCUGUACUGCUAGUUCUAGCCUUUCAACCACGCGUUGAGGAAGCUGGUUAUCGUCUCAAUAUCAAUAUUCUCUACAGUGUACUAUUAUUUUGGUUACUGGUUCAGAGAACAAGAUGUAUCCCGUUGGUCAAGCUGCCCCAGGUGAGACGAGUAGUGGUGCUGUAAGCGCUGCAGCAGUGAGCGCUGCGGCGGGGACAAUGGGAUCAGUAGCUGUAGCGUCCAGUACGGCGCCUACUACAGCAGCCCCUGCUCCUGGCGUGGCCACUGGCACAGGGGCCAUAGGCCUAGUGUCACCAGUUGCAGUGCCUCCACCUGAUUUGCCUGUAUUAACAUGCCCCAGACGUCCAAAUCUUGGUCAUGAAGGAAGACCUAUAAUGCUUCGUGCAAACCACUUCCAAAUUACUAUGCCAAGAGGGUUUGUUCAUCACUAUGAUGUUAAUAUACAACCAGACAAGUGUCCAAGAAAGGUGAAUAGAGAAAUUGUAGAAACAAUGGUACAUGCGUACAAUAAAAUAUUUGGAGCUCUUAAGCCUGUCUUUGAUGGCAGAAACAAUUUAUAUACAAGGGAUCCCCUUCCAAUUGGAAAUGACAGAGUUGAACUGGAGGUAAUAUUACCAGGAGAAGGAAAGGAUAGAGUAUUUCGAGUUACAAUUAAAUGGCUCGCUCAGGUAUCAUUGUUUGCUUUAGAAGAAGCUUUAGAAGGCCGCACGAGACAGAUACCCUAUGAUGCAAUUUUGGCACUAGAUGUAGUUAUGAGACAUCUGCCGUCUAUGAUGUACACACCUGUUGGUCGCUCUUUUUUCUCAUCACCUGAUGGAUAUUAUCAUCCUCUGGGAGGUGGCCGUGAAGUUUGGUUUGGGUUCCAUCAAUCAGUGCGGCCUAGUCAGUGGAAAAUGAUGCUGAACAUUGAUGUUUCCGCAACUGCCUUCUACAAAGCGCAGCCUGUUAUAGAGUUUAUGUGUGAGGUCCUAGACAUAAGAGAUAUAAAUGACCAAAGAAAACCACUAACAGACUCUCAACGAGUGAAAUUUACAAAAGAAAUAAAAGGUCUGAAGAUUGAGAUUACACAUUGUGGCACAAUGAAAAGAAAAUACAGAGUUUGUAAUGUAACACGCAGACCAGCGCAGAUGCAGUCAUUCCCGCUUCAGCUUGAAAAUGGUCAAACUGUUGAAUGCACUGUGUCGAAAUAUUUUUUGGAUAAAUACAAAAUGAAGUUACGAUAUCCACAUUUACCAUGCCUGCAAGUAGGUCAGGAACACAAACAUACCUAUUUACCUUUGGAAGUAUGUAAUAUUGUGCCUGGACAGAGAUGUAUUAAAAAACUGACAGAUAUGCAAACAUCUACCAUGAUUAAAGCCACUGCCCGUUCUGCCCCUGAUAGAGAGCGUGAAAUUAACAACUUGGUGCGACGAGCUAAUUUCAACACUGAUCUCUAUGUGAAAGAAUUUGGACUAACAAUAUCGAAUAAUAUGAUGGAGGUUCGCGGACGUGUAUUGCCACCGCCCAAACUGCAAUAUGGUGGCCGUGUUUCGUCUCUUGGUGGACAGCAAGCACUCCCCAAUCAAGGUGUUUGGGACAUGCGAGGAAAACAAUUCUUUAUGGGAGUUGAAAUAAGAGUGUGGGCGAUUGCUUGCUUUGCACCUCAAAGGACGGUCAGAGAAGAUGCAUUGAAAAAUUUUACACAGCAACUACAAAAGAUCUCAAACGACGCGGGUAUGCCUAUUAUCGGGCAGCCAUGUUUCUGCAAAUAUGCAACGGGUCCUGACCAAGUAGAACCCAUGUUCAAAUACCUCAAGUCUACAUUUGUGCAAUUACAACUUGUGGUUGUUGUAUUACCAGGGAAGACACCCGUAUAUGCCGAAGUAAAAAGAGUUGGUGACACUGUACUCGGAAUGGCGACUCAAUGUGUGCAAGCUAAGAAUGUAAACAAAACUUCACCACAAACAUUGAGCAACUUGUGUUUGAAAAUAAAUGUAAAACUUGGUGGAAUAAACUCUAUUUUGGUGCCGUCACUACGUCCAAAGGUGUUUAAUGAGCCAGUAAUCUUCUUGGGUGUGGAUGUAACGCACCCACCAGCGGGUGAUAACAAGAAGCCGUCGAUCGCGGCCGUCGUCGGUUCCAUGGAUGCGCACCCCUCACGCUAUGCUGCCACUGUCCGCGUGCAACAGCACAGGUACAUCGAGAACAUACCUGAUAGUGGUAUCAGACAAGAGAUAGUCCACGAAAUGAGCAGCAUGGUACAGGAGCUAUUAAUAAUGUUCUACAAAAGUACUGGUGGAUUCAAACCUCAUCGUAUCAUCAUGUACCGUGAUGGCAUCUCAGAGGGGCAAUUCUUGCAAGUUUUACAACACGAACUUACCGCUGUACGAGAAGCGUGUAUAAAGUUGGAAGCUGAAUAUAAGCCGGGAAUAACAUUCAUAGUUGUACAAAAACGUCAUCACACGAGACUGUUUUGCGCAGAUAAGAAAGAACAAUCUGGGAAGUCGGGUAAUAUCCCAGCCGGCACCACUGUUGAUUUGGGUAUUACUCAUCCUACAGAGUUUGACUUCUACCUGUGCAGUCACCAAGGGAUACAAGGUACGUCGCGACCUUCACACUACCACGUGCUUUGGGACGACAAUCACUUCGGUUCCGACGAGUUGCAGUGCCUCACAUACCAACUGUGCCACACGUACGUCCGCUGUACGCGCUCGGUGUCAAUCCCGGCCCCCGCGUACUAUGCGCAUCUAGUUGCGUUCAGGGCACGGUAUCACUUGGUGGAGAAGGAACAUGACUCCGGCGAGGGCAGCCACCAGUCUGCCUGCAGCGAGGAUCGCACGCCUGGAGCCAUGGCCCGCGCUAUAACCGUGCACGCUGUCACCAAAAAAGUUAUGUACUUCGCCUGAGUCCGCCACUGCCCCCGCCCCUACCGCCUCACUUCACACAGGGACAGAGGGUAACGUUGCGGUGUUGCAUUACGUGUUACAAUGCGAUCAAAAUAUGAAUUGAAAUGUGAAUAUCGUCCUGUUAAUAAUAAUGGCCUCUUAAAAAGUUUGUAGGGUAAACUCAUUAGUAACUGGCCACUUAAGUUGUUUCGACAGUUCAUUUUCUGAGGAAUAUAUCGUCAGAAUAAGUUAGGUAUUUGCACCUAGAGAUAAAUAAUAACCUAUUUUUUAUUUAUCUUUAGUAUUUUAAGUAAAUGAAACAAAUUUUCAUAUUAUGCAUUUAUUAAAAAGUGCCACAAAAUUUCGAUAUUAACAAGUAUAAAUCUAGUAACUGGCUACUUAAAAAAAACAUUAAUUUAUUAAUAAAAUUUAAAAUAAACAGGUUAUAAAAUUUAAGAAUAAACUAAAAACAACUAAAAGAUUUUAUCAUCACAAGACAAAACCAUAAAGAGAUCAUUAUAAUUGCAACGUAGGCGAUUACUUCUUCCACUUAUCGCUAUAAUUAAGAAAUAUGUAUGUUGAAUGUAUGUUAUAUGUUAAUGUGAAUGAUGAAUAUAUUACAAGUAUGGUGUAAAAAGGAGUCUCACCUUCGGGGAUAUGGACUCUACGAUGCUUUGAUGAUUUUUUUAUUGGUGGACUGUAAUUUUAACAAUAGUAUCAUCUAAUUUAUUGCACUUUUCUUGAUUUUUUAUCCUCUCUUUGGUACUUUAAAACUUUUUUAGUUGUCUUUUUGGCACAUUUUCGUUUUAUAGUUUCUAUUAUCCUAUAAUCUUUUUUUUCCUCUUUUGCAGAUUCAUCUUCUUGUUUUUUUAAGCCGCUUGGCUUUUAUCAUUUCCACAUAACUAUCACACGUUAGUGCAAAUGGAGUUUUGUCAGAUUAAUACUUCCUUUUUGUUUAGAUUUCGAUAAAUUCUUUGAUUUGAGGCUAUCGGAGGAUGGUAUGUUUGAUAUAACGCUAUUUUUUUCUUGUGGGUGUUUGCCUAUUUCGAAGAAGUCGCUUGCAAAUUAUCACUCUUCGCAUAGGUGGCCUCUAACUGAUAAUUUGGUUAACACAAUUAGUCACACCUGCAAAUUUAGUAUAUUACAAUUUCCACUUAAAUUUUAUAUUAAAUAAAUGUUACUUUCCAUUUCUGUUACUUGAAUUAUAGAAUUAUUAUGAAUACACUAUAUUACAGCAUCCAGUUAACAUUUGGUUAGCAAGUAACCUUUCAUAUCGAGACAGGAUCAUCGAGUGUCAAAAAAAAACCUAAAUUUUUAGUGCUAAUUUCUUUAGUGAUGACAAUCUAAUAUCAUAGAUGGUGUGCUAUGAAUAAUAUGCUUAUUUUUUAUCUAUAUAGUACAAAAUGACCAGUCACUGCAAGUGGCCAGUUACACCUCAGUUUGUACUCUAUUAAUUAGAAGGAAAAUUAUUUUGUAACAUCUACAUUAUCUAAGUAAGUAAUUAAAAUAACGUUAUCAUAUAAGAAAGAAAACAGUUGUGUUUUGAUCGCAUUGUUUGUGUAAGAUCUAUAGAAUGCGGCUGCAUUCGACCACUGUAACUAUGAGUCAUAGAUUAUAUAUAUUUUUUGUGAUUUUUAAGCACAUCUAUCUUAAUAGAUCAAUUUUAUUUAAUUAACUGUUCUUAUACGUUCACCAAUAAAUUUUGACUUAAAAAUAUUAUGAAUAAUUCUCAGGAUAUUUUUUUUAGAUUUUAAUAGUAAACACUUAAUCAAGCUAUAUAUAAUUAUGCAAUAAUACUUAUUGCCUUUUUCUACGAUAAUGCAACAGUGCACCUAGGCCACUCAUAUAUAAUACAUUUCUUUUUAUAUAUCACAUACCGACAUAUCCUAUAAUACCAUACAAAUUUACAUAAUAUUUUUAAUUACAAUUUUAUCUAUGAAAUGUUAUGCAUGAAAAAAUAAAAUUAAUAAUGCCAUGUAAAAUAAUCUCUGUGAUAAAUUUAUUAUUCUUGAAUGAGAUCCAAAACAAUCAUAUCAAUUAGUUAUUUAUUAAUAGUAUCUUUUUUUUUUUUUAUCGUGUCUUCUAGGAAAGUUAUUCCAGAAUAUUUUCAGAGAGCUUUUUUAUUUUCUCUUUUCUAUUUUAAUUAUACAUACUUGUGCAAUCUUUUAUUGUUUUUAAUUUUUUCAAUUUUAAUUGAAAUGGAGAUGUGGAAUUGACCCAAUAGACAAAUGGUAUAUGAAUUUAUUUGUAUGUAAUCUACUGUGCCCAGGAGAUAGAAUGAAACAGCAACAUAUUGCUUCUUGUUCUGCUCCAUGUGUGUGGUAGCGUCACCUUUCUGCAAAUAUAUUCAUUUGCCACGUAUCUAAAGGGCCUGCUUAGAGAGGCCUAGGUCUUAUAAUCGCGAAUUAAGUUUUAAGUCAGAAUUUAUAAAUUAUAUCAACUAUAAGUAGGGAGCGUUGAGCGAAUAAAUCGAGUUAUCUCUUUCUUUAUUUAAAUGAAGAUCAAUGGAAAGCAGUGAUACAUAUUUUAAUUCUGUUUAUUUAUUAUGGCAAAUCAAUUAUUCAAUGCUCUUUGAAUUUAGAUUAAAUAAGAAUCGGUAUAUCGGUAAAUGUAUCUUCAACGGAUUAUAUAGAGUGCCCAAUAUUUUAUAAUACACGCUUGACUGGACAUGUAGGAAAAGCGAAAAAAAAACCGGUCAAAUAAAUAAGUUUGGUUGCAUUGCAGCUCAAUUGAUUACUAUAUGUAUAAUAAGAGGACAAUUUUCUUAGAUAUACAGCUAAGAAUACCAAAGAGUAGUAGUCAGCUUUAGUAAGAAUUUUCAUAAAGCCGUUGAAGAUAUGUACUUAAAACUCUCUAAGAGUGUCAACAUCCUAGAUGAUUUUCGAAUGUAACAUGGCAAGUUCCAAAGAAAGAAAUGGCUAUGUGUAGAUAAUAUCGAUCUUCAUACUAGUAAUUACGCAUUGUAGCGGUCAACACGUAUUGGCUAUGACCUAAUAUCGGAGGACGCAUAUAUUUAGCAUAACUAUAUAAAUAUAGAAAAGUUUACAUUUUUUACGAAUAUAUUUAGAUAUUAUUUGAUAUCUUAACCACGUUAUUCCAUUCUCCAAAAGCAGUAAUCUUCAUCUUCAUUUUAUUUGCACAUUUUUUGUUAAGACUUGAGUGGAGCUUGACAUUAAACGGAAAAUUUUACAAUACAUCACACCCAAACUUUAAGUGCGAGCUGCGAUUAGGUUCUAAUUGUAACCAAUGAAUGGGAAGGAUAUAUUUAUUUUAAUAUAGGUAUUUUAUGGAUACGACACAUACACAAAACAUAUUCACAACCUCACACAUUAUGACACAUGAUCACAUAUACGUUACGUCGCUGCAUAGAGCCUCUGAAGUGAUUAGACGUUAGCUAGCCAAUCGACACUGCCGAAAGAAUAGUCAUACUCAUCAGACAACGGGAUUAUGAUAGUCAUGUAAUGUGUAAGAGUUGCUGAAUAGAACUUCUGGUGUUAUUAUUGUUUUAGAUGUAAUGUCUGUAGAAGUAUGAACAAACUCAAGCGAGGGGUGUACUAGGUGCGCUGAACAGCCUGUCUUGUUUACAAGAAGGUACUAUUUUUUCAAUAUUGUACAAUUGGCACAUAAAUUUGCUUUAAUUGUGUGGAAGAUUUUGAUAUAGAUUAUAAAAUAGAUUCCAAAAUUUCUUCGUGCAGGGUAAUCGCGAAACUUAAGGGAUAUGAAAGUAGUGUCUGUUAAUGUUAUAUACCUAAUUGUAACGUUCGAUCUACGUGUAUAGUUCAAUUUCUAGCUUUUACCGGCUAUGAAACCUGUUUUACAAUAAGUCUGGGCUAUUUAUUAUUCCUCCCUUUAAAAUAUAUAGUAAAGCAUGGUAAAAUAGCAGAUAAAAGCUAGUUAUUACAUAACUAAAUUAUGUAUCAUAGUUUUCUUCGUUAAAUAUCCAUCUCCCUUAUAUUAAGUAGCUACAUCUAAGUCGUUUUUAAUCAUGUAAUGUGAGUGUUAUAAUUAAAAUAAUUUAUAAUAAAUAAAAACAUUAAUAAUAAAAUAUAAGUAAUGUAAUUAUAACUUUAUAUUUUUAAAUGAGUAAUUUAUAUACUGUAAUAUUGUAGCGUGUAUCACUUCAUGUAAUGAUUUUAUCCUGUGGCGUUUUAAAUGUUGACAGACUAACAAUUGUAUGUAUGUUACAUUUACAUACAUUCAUUGAUUCUGUAUGUAUCAUACACAUCAUCACAUAGUACUUGUUGGGUUUACCUGGUUUUUUUAUUUUAUUUGUAAAAUAAAAUAUGCAAUGAACUGCGGUUGUUUUAAAUAUGAUUUUUAUGUUUUAACACUAUAAUCUUGAUACUGUGGCAUUGAGGAGUCGCGAUAGACCAAAUCUACAGAACCGCCUAAUUGGCAUGCCUAUGUUACGAACUGUUUGUAUUUGUUACAUUUUUUUAU